AUGGUUGACAGCGUUUAUACCCCAACAACAGGUUUAAUGUCGCUACUAUUCACCACUUCGCAAAAUGGAGCUGAAGUUGGUACUGGAAUUUACCCUUUGUUGAACUCUGCAAGAAACUUGUUGGGCCCUAAUAUACCAAAAUUCUUAGUUGACUAUAAUGUCGGAACUCAGAUCAAUUUAUUUGGUAGUUAUCCUACUAGUGAUGACUUUGGCCCAAGUUUGGCUUUUGCAAUUCUCUUUGCUAUAGCAUUUAUCUUUCAUCUCAUAAUUUUCAUCAUCAAUACAUCCAGAGGUCACUACUUUUACUUGUCAGUUAUAUGGAUGGUUUAUUCGAUCUUCAAGAUUAUCGGUUUUGCACUUCGAGUACAAUGGUCGUACGAUGUGACCCAGAUCGCAGUCGGAUUGACUAGUGAGGUAUUUUUGCUCGUUCCUUCCAUUGUCAUUGUCUCGGCAAACUUGAUCUUGGCACAAAGGUUAUUCACGUGGAGACAUCCAGUUGGUGGUUCGCGAAAUUUGUUUUGGAGCUUUAUGAUUAGCACCUAUUGUUUUGUUGUGAUUCUUAUUGCAGUCACUAUUUUGGCAUCUUUUGUUCCAUACUUGAGAUUUCUUAGUCAUAAAUCUUAUAGAAGUUGGAUCCAUACAGUGCAAUUUACUUCUAUUUUGGUCAUUUUGUACUCAUUGACAUCGGCAGCAUUGAUUGGAUUGAGUUUCUGGUUACCAACGAAAAAGGAUGAGUUGAGAUAUACAUAUCAACCAUGGUGGAUUGAAAGUUUUGCACCAUUCUAUUUUGUGGAAAAGAAUGCCGCUCAAAAAGCAGAACGUGGAUUCAUGAAGAGAAACUCAAACCAUAGACAUGCCACUAGAGUCAUUGCUGCAACACACCACCAUUACCGCAGUGUCAAAGGGUUGACAAAUAAGCGAGGCACACUCAAACAUAACACCUCCAUGGGAAUUCUCAUCAUCACAACAGUGCUUAUUUUCAUUGCUGCUAUAUGUAGGGCAAUUGUUGUGUUUCAAGCAAGGCAACAUCGUUUUGCCAGCCCUGCAGAGAACAAGUACUUGAUGUAUGUUGUAUGGGGUGUUUUCGAACUCAUUGUUAUGAUUUUGUAUAUUGUUGGUAGGAUUGAUCUUCGAUUUUAUCGUCCAGAUAGGUUGCCCUUGGAGGUCAGACGUAUCGUCACUGCAGAGCAAACCUACUACCCAAGUUCAGAUGAAGACGAAGAAGGAUUCCACAGAGACAGACCAGAAACUUAUGAAAAGAUGCGUCGCGACAAUAUCGCCCAUGGAUACAAGAAUUCAGAGUCAAGAAUGGAGCCUGCCCAUCUCUACCCUGAAAGAGGCGAUGGUCGUUAUGACGAAGAAUCUGCUUUGGAAGAGGAUGAUGCUGGUACUUUUGAUGACGAUGAUGUUGAUUCUAAUGAAUGGGACUUUACUGUACCCCAAACCAAGACAGCGAGCACAAGUUCUGAAGAUGCCAAUGAAAAACACCCACCAUACCCAGUCUCAGAAAAGCAUGCAAGACAGAGCUCUGAUAAUGAGUCAGAGUUCCAUUUUUAG